AGGAGACAGGAACUCAGACAGAUCAUUCAUACUCUCUCUCACACGCGGACACUCUGAAAGCUUUCAUAAAUUCCAUUGAUUUACGAUACAUUUUCUGUACAUAUUAUUCGAUUCGUUUUAGUUGCUUUUAUAAUUCUUUCUCGUUCGAUUCUUCGGUCACUCAGCUUUUGUUUCCGCAUCCGCUGGCGUAAAAGGAGCACAUGCUGCGGCGGUAUCUUUAGAUUCCCCAGCGGGUCGGGUUCUUUCGCCGGAAAGUUGGAGUUUUACCUGCGAGAAAUGCGAAGAAUCCGGAAACCCAUUAUCAGAUCAUUGCUGGGUUUUGCGUAACAGACGUGGAAAAAAAGGGGGACGAUGUCGCUAUACAAUGCUACUUCUAUCAACACCGAGCUCUCGAAACCGACGUCGAUCUUCGGUCUCAGGCUAUGGGUUGUCAUCGGAAUUUUACUCGGAUCUCUCAUAGUCAUCGCUCUCUUCCUUCUAUCAUUAUGCCUAACCUCUCGCCGGAAAAAUCGAAAGCCGCGCGCGGACUUCGGCGCCGUCGCAACGCCGCCGAUCUCGAAGGAGAUUCAGGAGAUUGUGCACCACCACGCCCCUGCGGUGGACCACCACCAUCCUGGGCAAGCCGUCCCGGCGGAGAUCCAGGUCGACAUUGGGAAGAUCGAGCACCGGGUCGUGUUCUCGGGCCGCGUUUCGAGCGGGGAGAGUAGGGGAACAGUGAGCGCCAGUGAAACGGCGUCGCUUUCCGGCAGUGGCAGCGCCGGACCGGAGGUGUCGCAUCUGGGCUGGGGCCGGUGGUAUACUCUGAGAGAGCUCGAGGCGGCGACGAACGGCCUCUGUGAAGAGAGUGUCAUCGGAGAAGGCGGCUAUGGGAUCGUGUACCGUGGGAUUUUAACUGAUGGAACCAAGGUUGCUGUCAAGAACCUGCUCAAUAACAGGGGUCAAGCUGAGAAGGAAUUUAAAGUGGAGGUGGAAGCAAUUGGGCGUGUAAGGCAUAAGAAUCUUGUUAGGCUUUUGGGAUACUGCGUUGAAGGUGCCUACAGGAUGCUCGUGUAUGAAUACGUGGACAACGGCAACUUGGAGCAAUGGCUACAUGGUGAUGUUGGGGAUGCUAGUCCUUUGGCUUGGGAUAUCCGUAUGAACAUUAUACUCGGGAUGGCAAAAGGAUUGGCAUACCUACACGAGGGUCUUGAACCAAAAGUUGUGCACCGAGACAUAAAAUCCGGCAACAUCUUGCUUGAUCGCCAAUGGAACCCAAAGGUCUCAGAUUUUGGACUCGCCAAGCUGUUGUGCUCCGAGAGAAGUUAUGUGACAACCCGCGUGAUGGGUACUUUUGGUUAUGUGGCACCUGAAUAUGCUUGCACAGGAAUGCUAAAUGAGAAGAGCGAUAUCUAUAGCUUUGGAAUAUUAAUCAUGGAGAUAAUUACGGGACGAAACCCUGUUGAUUACAGUCGACCUCAGGGAGAGGUGAAUCUGGUGGAUUGGUUGAAAUCAAUGGUGGGAAGCAGGAGAUCAGAGGAAGUAGCAGAUCCUAAACUGGCAGAGCCACCUUCCUCUAAAGCUCUGAAGAGAGUGUUGCUAGUUGCUCUGCGUUGUGUGGAUCCUGACUCCAACAAACGGCCUAAGAUGGGUCAUAUCAUCCACAUGCUCGAUGCUGAAGACUUGCCCUUCCGCGACGAGCGAAGGAUGGCGAGAGAAGAUGCAAACCGUUAGGGUCAUUGCUUCAAGACCGUAAGAUUAUGUUGUCGUGAAUGGAUUAUAAAUCUUUGUGACGUAAAAAAAAUUCAUUGUUUCCAUUAAUUCUUUGGCUAUUAUAUCGUUCGAUAUAAUAACAACACUUGUACAAAGAAAAAGUCUGAAAUCAAAACUUUUGUAAUAAUUAUGAAUAUCAAGUUGUGUUAUAAUC